CUGAUCAUGAAUACAUACUGCAUCAGAAGUUCGAUAAAAUUUUUUAAUUAUUGCUAAGAUGUUAAAAUGCCACCUAAAGUGUCUAAGAAAGUUGCAGGAAUCAUAUUAAGAAGCAGAAAAACCAUUAUGAAGGAUGGUUUCAUUUCUUCUGGCAUAGGAGAGCCUAGCAUUUAUCAUGCGCUAGUGGUGAUAUUUUUGGAAUUUUUCGCAUGGGGUCUUCUCACAGCUCCUAUGAUAACGGUUUUAAAUGAAACCUUCCCCAGUCAUACUUUUUUAAUGAAUGGAUUAAUAGUGGGAAUAAAGGGUCUCCUAUCCUUUCUAAGUGCUCCUUUGAUCGGGGCCUUGUCUGACGUAUGGGGACGAAAAUUGUUUUUGUUGCUGACAGUAUUCUUCACAUGUGCACCCAUUCCUCUAAUGAAAAUAAACACAUGGUGGUAUUUUGCUAUGAUUUCAAUUUCGGGUGUAUUUGCUGUAACUUUUUCUGUUGUGUUUGCAUAUGUUGCUGAUGUCACUGAAGAACAAGAGAGAAGUGCUGCCUAUGGAUUGGUAUCUGCAACUUUUGCAGCUAGUCUUGUAACUAGUCCAGCACUAGGAGCAUACCUUGGCAAAUUAUACAAUGAUAACCUAGUUGUAGCUUUAGCAUCUGCAGUGGCUAUCCUAGAUGUCUUCUUUAUUAUGGUGGCAGUCCCAGAAUCUUUACCAGAAAAAUUUAGACCUGCAUCCUGGGGUGCUCCAAUUUCCUGGGAACAAGCUGAUCCUUUUUCGCAAUUACGUAAAGUGGGCAAAGAUCAAAUGAUUUUAAUGCUUUCAAUAGCUGUAUUUCUUUCAUAUCUUCCUGAAGCUGGACAAUACUCCUGCUUUUUUGUUUAUCUAAGACUUAUUAUGGGAUUUUCAGCUGACGAAGUAGCAUUAUUCAUUGCAGUUGUUGGUCUGCUAUCUGUUAUAGCUCAGACGGGAUUUUUGACUGUAUUAAUGAAAACAAUUGGAGCAAAGCAUACAAUCAUGGUUGGAUUAUUGUUUGAACUAUUACAACUUAUGUGGUAUGGAUUUGGAUCCAGAACAUGGAUGAUGUGGGCUGCUGGAGUUUUAGCAUCAGUUUCUAGCAUCACAUAUCCUGCCAUAAGUUCAUUUGUUUCCACUCAUGCAGAUGCUGAUAAACAAGGUCUUGUUCAAGGGAUCAUUACUGGCAUGCGUGGCUUGUGUAAUGGUUUGGGACCUGCUCUGUAUGGAUUUAUAUUCUAUUUAUUUCAUGUUGAUCUAAGUGAAGACAUUAAUGAAAGUAUUCCAGCAAAUAUUCAUGGUUUCAUUCAUGCUGCCAAUGGGACAUUAUUAAUUCCCGAAGAACCUCGAUUGAUUCCUGGUCCCCCCUUUGUCUUUGGUGCUCUGCUGGUGGUAUUGGCUUUAAUGGUUGCAGCAUUCAUACCAGACAAUCAAAGCUCUUCCAUUGGCGUUUGGCCUCCAGCUCGUCAUUCUGACUCAUCUCCUAGUCCAACUCUUCCAACCAGCAAAAAUUCUGGUGAUGCCUUCCACUUUGAGGUGAUUCACAAGAGGUCCGAUGGGUCUCAACCUUUGAUGCAAGAUACAGAACCAUUAUAGCAAUCAAUACAACGCCCAUGGCGUGCUGUGAUUGAUAAAGAAAACUUUGAAACGAUUGAAGAAACUGCUGUAUGAAAAGAAAACAAUUGAGUGAAAAAAUGGUUGAUAAUUUUAGUUUACUCUGCUUACAGUUCCACCACUGCAGUUGAAAAAUUAAAGCUUGUAUAAUGGUUGUGCCUCGGUUGUAUGUGCAAGAGACAUGUAGGUGGUAUUUUCCCAUCAGUUGAGAGGAUGUAUCAAAAUAUGCAGUUUCUCAUGAUAAUAGCGUAAACAUUCCAGUAAUUAUUUUACCAGUGUUUCAAAUUGCUUUUGAGUACAAUUAUCUUAGAAUGAGAAUUAUUUAAUUAGUAAUGACUGCCUAAUAUAUUGUAAACUAUGUGUAGUAUCAUUGUAUUGUACAAUAUUUCUUGUAAUUUGUUUAUGAGUAAAAUUUAUAAUUUAUCGUUAAUGCCUGGUGCUUCCAAUUUAAUUUUAUUUAUCUCUGUAGGGAAUUAAAUACUGCAGGGAGAUAUGCGUAUUACAGCUGUUGAAUUGUAUUAAGCGAGUGGAAACUGUGGGACUUAAAGAAAACCACUUAACACGUUACAUUAGGUUGAAUGCAUCACUAUUUUAAUAGGAAAUCGUAGAAUCUCACAUGCUAGAAGUAUUUUGAUGUCCAGUAUGAACGCUAAAAGUACUAUUUUAUAAUUUUUGUUGUUCAUGACAGUAUGAUUUAGGUUUUUUUAUGUACGUAUAUCUUGCCAAAUAUGUUUUUAGUACAGUGACCUGUAAAUUAAUUGCACUGAAUUGGAAGCGAAUGUAGACUAAUGCAAAUUAUAUGGCUUAUGUAUUUGUUCAUGAGUAUUAUUAUUUUGUAUUUUGAUAAAGGUUUAAAGGUUUCACUUUAUAACAAUUUUAAUUUUUUUAAAUUUUAGCUAUACCUACAUCCUACAGUGUUUUUUAUUACUUGAAAUUUUGUUUGCUUUUUGAAGUAUUUAAAAUGUAUGUUCUUUCUUUUGUAAGUUGUUCAAAGGAUUCAUGUGCUUGUUAAAAGACUAGAAAUAAAUGAAAAUGUGGGAAGCAACUGAGGUAAACAAGUAAUUUUUCAUAAGUAUUAUCAUAUUUAGAUGAAAUCUCAAAAGUAAUGCAUUCAUAUAGAUAUGUUUAGAAAGUAAGCUGACAAAUAUUACCUUCACCAAAAAUUUAUGAUAAAUGUCAAAUUAAAAAUUUCCAAUCAUGUUUAUUCUGCUAUUCAAAUGGUGAUUAAUAAAUAUUCAAAAAGCUUAUUCAUCCCGUGAGUGCAAUCUGAUUAUGUAAUGAUUCAUUCUUAUGAGUAAAAAGAAAUUCUUCUGAAAAAGAAUAAUUUUCUUUCUAAUUUAACAAAAUAGGUGACCAUGAUUAUAAAAAGAAUAAUUUAAUAUUUUGUGAAUGCUCAAUAUACUUCUGGUAAAAAUUUCAGCAUUUUCAUGUAUAUUUUAAAUUUUAAAGAUCUUAAUUUGAAAUUGUUGUGACAUAGUGAUUUUUCAGAUUUCAAUUUCAGUAUUAAAUCAACAAAUUUAAAGUUAUGAUUUUUGUGGUUUUGUAUUCAGGGCUUUAAAAAUGUUUUCUUUGUAUGCUGCAAAAUAAAUAUGGAAUUUUGUGCAUAGUAACUAGAAGAAUGUUGGCAAAAAAUCUAGUUCUUUGUUUAUGGAUCCCAGUACUUUCUUUUGACUCUUUCACUAGCAUUAAGUGAUAAAUGCAUUUUAAGUAUUUUUAACUGUAUAUCUUAUUCAUCAAAAUAUUGUGCCAGUAUGUGAAUGCAUAUUUAUUCCCCUACUUUUUUUCCUUUUGAAAUUGAUGACAUUUUUCUAAUACUAUGUGUGUUUCUAUUCAUGUUUUAUUUCAAUGUGUAGGGGAAGAUAAUUUUUGUUUGAUUUUUUUUUCUAGUCACAUUCACUUAUUUGUAAGUGUUUUCUUGUCUUCUUCCAUGAAAUAAUUGUUUAAACUAAUUUUUAUUGUGCCCUGUUUUUCUCUCUCGUAUUAUUCAAUUGAAUUAUUGUUUAAUACUCAAAUAAUCGAAUUUGCAUAAUAAAGAAAGCACACAAUUCCAUACAUAUAUCAAUCAUCAUAAUCCAUAUUUAGAUUAAUGCUCAAUCAAUCUUCAGUUUAUCACUUUCCAUAGUUGCUGUUUCAGCUUGGCUUGAAAUACAUAAUCUAGGAAUCCGAUAUUAUCCUACAAUAUAUGAGAACCUGCAUGCUCUGCAUGUGUACC